AUGCAAAACAAAAUUUCAGCGGUUGCUCAAUUUUCGUGGUCUUCCAUAUCUUUAGUUGAUACAGCUCGGGGCGAAAACAACAUUGUUGCCCCCGACAGAUCGACGGUCCCAUGCUCAGAACCAGCCGCCAGCACCUCUUCCUAUCCGACGACAACAAACGGUCUACCGCCGACGGUCUACGGUUGGUUCUAUGAGGGUUAUGCGGGUUGGUGGGAGUACGACGAGCGGACGUCGGCUGAACUUGAGGACGCAUUCUCUAAGGGCCAUGCCAAGUGUGAAAUCGUUGCAGCAGGCCACAUAUACGUUGUCGAUUUUUGUACGAUGUCUCAAGGGCGAAAGGAUCACACUGGACGAAAACGACGCAUCAAACGUGAUUUGAUCACGUGUGAAAAGAAAGGUAUUGCAGGAAUCAAGCUCACUUCAAUUCAACCUGGCAAAACCAGUGUAACCACAACCGUCACCAGUGCAUCCACAGGUACAAGUGUCAGUGUUACAGCCUCUCCAAAGACAAGCGCGACUCGUGUGACUGCUCAGUCUUCACAGCCAGUUACCUUGACCGACCACACAUACGCCCGUCCCACCUCCUCGGUACCUAUACACACACAUGACACUCGUUACCGUGCGAUUUCAUGCAGUUCUAGUCCGAAUCCUCAACUUGUUCCAAAUGUUCAGAUGCUCCCGUCUCUUCCCACUGUAUGCCCGCCACCAAAUGUAUCGAGAACAUCCUCCCGCCGACAAUCUCGCCCUUCAGUUCGUUUGCCUGCAGUCACACCGACCAGUGGUCCCGUUGAUUCUAGCACUACUCUCCUACCAACAACAUUAAUUGACGGUUCUGUCGUCGGAGUCCAGCCAGUCGUUCAUGCUUCCAUUUCUCCCAGGCAUCACCGCUCGACACGCUCAUUGUCGCAUCACUGAUCCUGCGUUUUAUACCUUGCUUUUAAAGCAGUUGGUAAUCCGCAUGCUGUACGUUCCUGUGAUCUUUCAUGUUUGUCCGUUAACCUUGUGUUCGAAUUUAAUUUGGCUAACCAAACUGCUUACAGGCUAGCGUCUUAUCUCGACUGCUUAGUUUUCUUGAGUUUCUUUAUCAUUCGCUGCGUUCAUGACAGUCUUUAUGUCGCUGCACAUGAGUUGUACAGAGAAACUCAGUUUCACCGAUCUACUUGCUCUCUAUAUUCAUCUGCUACCUUUUUUUACGACACUUGGAG